AUGGCGCACCAAGAUGCACCCGACUGGAGCCCGCUCACCGUUCCGUCCGUCAGCCCUGCAAGUGCUGCAGGGGUAGCCGGCGCAGCCCCCACCACGCCUCCAUGGCUGCUGGGCCGGGAUGCCCCCCAGGCGGCGCUGCCCGACGCGCCACACUGCGCCGUGUGCCAAACUGCGGUCUUGCCGCAUGGCGAGGGCGAUGAAUCUCGCUUCCCGUGGCCCCGCUGCGGUCACCUGCGUGGCUCAUAUGGCCGUGAACCUACCGGAGCUCCGUUGCCCUACGUGCAGGGCCGUCUGGCCCCCCGAAGCCGCGGAGCUCUGCAAACUGCCUGCCACUCAGAGCACGUCUCCCUCCCGCCCCCCGCUGUCGAGCACAACACCGUUUCUGCACAGCAUCAGGCCACAGACGACGCCGCUUGGGAAGUGGACUGCUCGAGCUUCGGCAGGCUGGUCGCGGUCGCUGAUGGCCGCUCCUUGCGACCAGGCGAGGCGCACCUCUUGCAAAGUUUGCACCGUGAAACCUUGUCGCUGCCGACCGCCACUUUCGUGCAUCUGGUGUGGGCCUGUCAGCGGCUCACGCUGCCGGGUGGCUACAUCCCGGCAUCGGCGCAAGAGGCCAUCCUGCAGUCUUCCCUGGGCCACCAGCAGGCGUCCAACCUCGUCCAAAGCCUCGACCACCUGCGCUUGCACACGGCCGAUUCUGCGGCUCCCCGCCCACCUGCAACCGAUGCCUCCCCCGCCGAGGGCCGGCAGCUCCGAGAAGCCUUCACCGGCUUGGAUGCUUACGAUGCCUGCGCCGUGCUGCGCCAGCCUUGCCACACUUUCCGGAUGCCGCCAGCUUUUGUCAAGGGGCCUCUCCGACAAGCCAUGCAUUUCUCCGUCACCCACAUCCUGCAGGCGCAAGCUGCGUCGCGUGAGGCCGAACGCGCAUGGAAGCUGUGGCUCUUCCUGCCGCGCAUGCUGCUCCACCGCCCUGCCGGAGCACCCCGGCUCCCCAAGUCAGAACUCCGGGAGCGUUUUGACCGCUUCGUCCGUGGUGAUUGGGCAGGGAUCCUGCAGGAGUCUUCAUCGUCUGCCACGUUUGCCGCUGAAACCCAGCGCGCCCCUCGCUCGGAGAGCGCAGCUCGCGCCGACCGGGCCGUGCACCUUGCACACCUCGGCGAGUUGUCGGCCGCCCGUCAAGCGCUGAUCACUGCCCCGCUCGCGCCAGGCGAUGCAACUACCCUCGAGGCUUUGCGUGACCCGGCUCGCCGGCCAUCCGAGCACCCCUUGACCCCGACAUCUUGCAGUGGUCACCCGAAAGGUGCCGCCCCCGGGCCUUCGGGCUACACCGCCGACAUCAUGCGUCCUUUGCUCGACGACACUGCCGGCGUCGAAGCCCUCCAUGGUGUCGCCGAACUCCUUGCUCGUGCCGAGCUGCCAGCGUCUGCUGCCUCAGCACUCGGUCUGGGGCGCCUUGUCGCGUUGAGCAAGCCUGCCGGCGGCGUCCGCGGCAUUGUUGUUGGUGACUUCCUGUGGAGGUUGGUCGCCCGCUCCUUGGCACAGCAGUUUGCCCCCGCAUUCGAGGCUGCCACCAACCCCCACCAGUUUGCCCUUUCCACCCGUGCCGGUUCGGAAGCACUCGUGCACUCCUUGCAGGCCGCUUGCGACGGCGACGCAGCCAAAAGCAGAGUGCCGUGCGAAUUCCGGAUAACAUCCCAGCAAGGUGCACCUUAG